AUGCAACUUCUUACUCUAAUCGCUCUUCUUAUUGGAACAUUAGCUAUCAACUGCCCCCGAGACCACUAUGCUCUCGGCAACAUGUGCGUUAAGUGCGAUGACAGCAUGCUCUGGUGCCUCUCGUGUCGGGGGCCAGGAGCCUGCACUGAGUGCAAAGCGGGGUACUAUCUCGACUAUGGCUAUUGCAAGCCGUGCGACCACACAUGCAAGACGUGCAAUAAUCCGAACAGCUGCUUGGAGUGCAGCGGGAAUCACUGCAGGAAUGCAAUUGGGGUCUGCGAUGAGCCCGGUGAGGUCUAUGAGGGGUGCAUCAGGUGCGCACAUGACACCAACAAGUGCAUACAGUGCCACGCUGGAUACUUCUUUAAUGCAAAGACCUUUACAUGCACUAAAUGCAAAGAUAACUGUUACAGCUGCAAGAAUGAAACUGAGUGUGAGGAGCCCUCUUCUGGGUACUAUUUAAAUAAAACCACUGGAGAGAUUACUCGCUGCGUAGAUACUAACUGCAAAAUAUGUAACACAUCUAAGGAUACAUGUGAUGAAUGCGUGAAUGGAUACGGUUUAGAUAAAAGUAGUAACAAAAAUGGGAGUUGCAUUAAGUGCACUGUCCAAAAUUGCAAUGAAUGUGAGCCUAAGGACACGUGUACAGGCUGUAAAGAAGGCUAUGUCCUCAGCGGAGCUGCUUGUCUUCCUUGUGCCACAAAUUGCUUGUUCUGCAUGAAUGGUAAUACUCCCGCGCCAUACCGCUGUACUAGUGGCGCCUGUAUGCCAGGGUCUAUGUUUAACCCCUAUUCGCAGUACUGCUUACCAUGUCCAGAUGGAUGUUUUUCAUGUUACUACGAUCUUGGACACGGAGAAGCUGUAUGUGAAAAAUGUAAAGUAACAACAGCAGCUAGGACUGGUCCAAAGAUAUACGGCGUACUAUGUGCUACAUCUGAACCAGACCCAUGUGCUGAAGAUGAAUUUCAAGAAAAUGGGGCCUGCAUACGCUGUGAACUGAGUAUACUGGGAUGUGAUACGUGCAGCGAACGAUACAACUGCACAAAGUGUCAGGACGGCUUCUACUUGUCUGACAAUAUAUGCGUGGCCUGUGACUCCGUUUGUUAUACCUGCGAUGGUCCAGGUAGUAACUGUAAAACAUGCCGUAAUGAUAUGGCGUUAAAGGAUGGUAUUUGCAUUCCUGUUGGCGACGUAAUUCCUAAUUGUAUACUUGCAGGCGAUGAGACAGAUCCCACCUGCAUUAAGUGCGUUGCUGGAUACUAUGUAUCUAGUGGAAUUUGUGCUUCCUGUGCCGAUAAGUGUGAGUCCUGUAGCGGCCCCGACGUAUCCCAGUGUAUGCGUGCCGUUGAAGGAUACUUUUAUGACGCAACUAAAAAACAAAUCGAUAAGUGCCAGGUUGAAAAUUGCAGCAGAUGUCUGUUUAAACGUGAAGAGUGUUCUACAUGCAAUAAUGGAUACUACUUGUCAACAGACAGCACAACUUGUACCAAAGGCUCUGUCCAAAAUUGCAUGGAAUAUGUUAAAGGACAGGAUAAAUGUAAUACUUGUAUCAAGGGCUACGGAUUUUCAGAAGGCGCUAAUCCUACCUGUAUUCCGUGCCAAAAGGAAUGCAUUAGAGGCUGUUACUUUGCAGAUAUUUGUGCGUUCGGAGUUUGUGCCGAUGGUUUCUACUUCAGUUAUGACAACAGUAAGUGUCUUGAGUGCCCCUCUGGAUGCUCUAUGUGCAAACAGUUCUCAAAUAAUGGCCGAGUUGGAUGCACGCGAUGUGCCUCGGGAGAAACUGUCAGUCUAAGCACAGCCUAUGGCCUGCACUGCAGUGGCCUUUUGAACAAGUCUGGCCUCAAGCCCGGAGUAACAGCAGCGAUCGUGAUUCUGGUCCUGCUCCUCAUAGGCGUCUGCGCGGCAAUACCGUUCAUCGUGAAGGUCCUGGUCCGCAAGGGGGUGCGUAGAAGGACCCGGGCAAUGAAGUACGAUCGCGGGAGUGCAGACAGUCUGCUGCCCGAGGGGUCCGCCGACUCUGCUCUUUGA